AUGUCUGGCUAUUCAUCAGAUUAUGUCAAAAAGAAGGACAGGACCAAAAGACGCGUAACCAGCACAAAACAGCCUUCUGAGAGCGUUAUGACGGACGACACACACACAUCCACACCUACAGAAGCUAUCUUCAGCAGCAAUUUUGAUUUUCUAAUAUUUAAGAUGUUGAAUAUACUAACAGCAAACGAUAAGCCCGUUCUUUUCAUCGUUCCGUCGCUCGUUCUGGUUCUCCUAAAUUUCUAUUUUGAUUAUGUUAAUCCUAUGCAUCUGUCAUUCACUGCGUUCUUCCUCUACCAGUAUCUCUGCGGAAAUUCAUUUUAUACGUUUAUAGCGAAUGCUUUGGUCUAUUUUUCGGUUGUAGGUGUUGCUACGUUCUUUUACAUGCGAAAAUGAACAAAAAAGUGUAUUGCAGGAGAACACAUGUCCUAGUGAGCCACUUAUAUCAGAUUUAAUGUUAAAUAAAACAAUGCGA